AUGGCUGUCGGAUACAAUGCCAAGUUGGAUGAAGCUGCCGUGCCGAAAUCAUCCUCAACCAUGCACAGCAACAAUCAAUCGCAACCAUUGCACGGUGAUCCAGCACCCAAUCACGAGGAGAAUCAAACUCCCACGGAGCAGAACGAUCUGUCGUUAGUGAUCGCAACCUUACAAGUGAGAAGUCUGAUGUGCCAGAUCAUCUGCAACCUGAUUACCCAUGUGAUGCUGGAUGUUGGAUCGGGCAGGUCGGAACAUGCGGUGUGUCCGGACUGCGUACUGUUGAUACUGCUGUUUCGCUAUUACAUAUAA